AUGCCAGCACCAAUCCAAACCUCAAGCUACACAAUCCGCUACGCCACUCAGUCCGACGUCCCCACCGUCCUGGCCCUUCUCCGCGAGCUCGCCGAGCAUGAACGCCAGCUCUCGUCAUGCCGCACCACAGAGGAGAUGCUCAUAAAGACCCUCGCCUUUCCUAGCUUUCCUGACCAAGAACAACCAUCCCUCCCAGUCGACGCCUCAUCAGCAACAGCCGCCCAAGCAACAGAGUUCACCAAAGGCUACGCCCGGGCUCUCCUAGUUUCACCCACCCCUAAAUACUCUCAGACUGUCCCAGUCAUAGGCCUAGCGGUCUACCAUCCGGCCUAUUCAACUUGGACAGGUCCAGGAAUCUACAUCGAAGACAUGAUCAUCACAGCCUCCCACCGACGCCAGGGGCACGGUCGGGCACUGAUGUCAGCGCUCGCGCGAGAGGUCGAGGAGGUAGCUUACGGUGGCAUGGGCAGGCUGAGCUGGAAGACACUGCGGCAUGAGUGGAAUCAGGGAACGAGGGAUUUCUUUGUGAAGACGAUCGGAGCAUUGGAGACAAAAGACUACGUGGAGGGCAAGGUCGAUGGAGAGGACCUCGUGGGGCUGGCCGAGAGAGGUUGA